AUGGAGUCGAAACUGACGACUUCUUCUUCUCCAUUCUUCCUGAUAUUUCUUAUUCUUCUAAUGAUGCAAAUUCCACGUGUUCAAGGACUACGACCACGUGGAAUUGGACUGAUUCGACUACCUUUUGGUGUAUCUGAUCAUCGUUCUGGUCCAUAUCUCCCAAAUCUCUACAUCGCUGGAAACAAACUCUAUCACAAAACGCAACCAGUUCCCGAUGUUUCUCUUCCCGGUCAAGAGAAACAUUUCUCUGGACACGCCCAAUUAAAUCCGUUCACUCAUAUGAUGGCUGUCGGCACAAAUAACGAUUUCGGCGAUUCAUGGGGAGCCGGUUAUGCUCUUCAGGGUGUCAAUUUUCUGGGUACGUCUUUCUGGAACUCUUUUAUCGUCGGUGCUGAAAUCGACUCUUCCAAAUUUACAAGUCACGCAGUGGCGUUAGAUAUCCCAUUACCUGGAAUCAAUGAGAUGUUCGAUUUCCAAGAAGAAACGCUGGAAAAGCACGACGAAGAGCUGACAGAUAUCUACCAUACCCGAAUGAACUUCCCAAUUCCGACCACAAAUCAAAGAUUUCCGUUCAAAGCUCACUUUUUCGAGCGAAUCAAUGAUAUUGAUCUCAAUUUAGCUCAUAUUAUUCCGAAUCUUAACAUUCAUGGAAUUGAUCGCGAUAAGAUCGUCGAUCAACUUGUUCAAAACAAAGCGAAUCCAACACUUGUCGGGUAA